AUGGCGGGUUUCCUGAACACCGCACUGCCUUCUGACGACGAAGAGGACGACGAUUACAACCCUGCUGCGGACAACACCGCUGAGCGCGAGGACUUACCUCAGACAGGUGGCCCAGGUCGCGGCGGCGCAAGUAGAAAGCGCAGGCGCGGCGCGGCCAUCGCAGCCACCGCCGGCAAUGAUGACGCUGACGAUGGCGGUGAUGACGGCGAUGAUGAUGACGACGGCAACGAGGCGGCGGAGGCCAGUCCGCAGAACUUGGACCCCAGCGCACUGGCCAAGCAGGCCAAGGUGGCGUCUCUGUGGCAGCAGAUCAACGCGCGGGCUGCGGCCAAUGGCAGCGCAACGCAGCGUCCGCCCUCCUCCGCGGUGAACUUGGCAGCGCUGUGUCGCUCAAAUCUGGGAGCUAAGAAACCCAAACGAGCUGACCAGGACGCGAUCUGGAUGCGCAACCUGGGCCUGCUCAAAAGGCCCACGAAGCCCGCCGACGUGGCGUCCUCCCUCAGGCCGGGGGACGCCGAGCCGGGGGUUUCCAACGGCCUGUCGCCGCCGCAGCCGCAGCCGCUGACCGCCGCAGCCGCCAGCGGCAGCGCCUCGCCGCUGUCGUCCCGCGGCGGUACACCGGGCCCAGUGGCUUCAGAGGAGGAGAAGCGCGCGCUGGCGGCGGCGGCGCUGGCGGCGGCACGUGACACGACGACGGCGGGGUCCCGGUUGGGCAAGGUGGCGGUUACGGAGGUACGGCGAUUUGCCGGCAGAGAUAUACAGGUGACCAUGCAUGUGGACAAGGACAGCAAGGAGGCUCAGAAGGCCGCGGCCCGGGCCGCCGCACCCCCACCGCCGCCCACUUCUUCAGGGCUCGAUGCCAUUCUGGCGGAGAUUGACAAGAAGAAAAAGGUAGGGAGUGAGGUCAGCGUGUUGGACAAGACGAAGGCGGACUGGAGCGAGUACAAGGCCGCCAACACUGAGGUUGACGAGGAGCUUGAGACUUACAAGAAGAGUGGGGAUCAGUAUCUGGAUAAGCAGAAUUUCCUUAAACGAGCCGAACUGCGGGAGUACGAGAAGGAGCGCGACCUGCGUCUGGCGUCAGAUGGCUAUGCGGCCCUGCCGCAGCACAUGGCCCGCAGGCUGGGAGAUCUUAUGCGGAUCAUUCAGGAGCGUUUGCCGUGGGUAGAGGUCGACGGGCGCCGUAUCCAAGCGGACGACAGCCCCGCCCGAUACGCGCUGCGGGUGAGCUUCAACUGCCUUGUCGUGGUCAACAUCACUUCGAUGCCGUCCAAAACGUCCUCUGGCACGCAAGCUAACUGCGAUAAGGAUGGAGAUGAGGAGUUGCAGGCGCAGGCCACCCUGAUGGUUCGGUCCGCCCUGGAGAGGCUAGGCGGGCCCCUGCUGCACGAGGGCAGCCUGACUGUGGAGGAGAAGACCUACAUCGCCCGACUGGCCACCGCGGGGGGCAGUGAAGAGGUGCAGAGGCUCGUCAAGACAACUCCAGCGCACGUACUGGCGCUGUACAUGCUGCAGGCCCAGUACGACAUUGAGUUGCGGAUCAUCAAGUGGGUCCUGCAUUACGUGGGUGCCCGGUGCGCGAAGGAGGCCUAUGUCCGUGCACGCUACCAGCCUCCUAGGGGGCCCCCCGGCGCCUCCGUUGCCGCUGCCGUCUCUUCCGCCCGCACCGCCUGGCUGAGCCACAGCACCGCCCUGGGCAAGCUGGACGCCGCUUCCUCCUCCUCCUCCUCGUCGGGCCUGAUCAGCCCUCUGUCCGCCUUCAUGGUGGCUGAGGCACGGAGCAGCUCGGAGGGCGCCACGAAGGAAACCCUGGAGCUAAUGAAGAAGGCGGCGAUGGCUGCCGAGCGGCGCGGUGACGACCUGAUGGCCUGGCUCGCCCGGCUGAAUGUGGCCCAGCUGCUCAUACACGGGGGGCAGGGACGCACGUUUUUGGAGGAGGAGGUGCUCGCGGAGAUUGACGCGGCGGCGGCCCAGCGGGCUUCUGUCGAGGGCUGGGGCGGUACCGUACUGUUGGAGAGCCGCUGCCGUACACUCAAAGACGCGCUGGCAAAGAGUCUCCAGGAGGCUCGCGAGCUGCGGCAGAAGCAGUUGGCAGAGGCUGGGUCCGGUUCUGAAGGAGAGGCGGAUUCGGGCCGGCUGCCGAGCAUAAUUAUUCGCGACCAGGUUGGGACGCUGACGCCUGUGGCGUUGCCGCACCGGGAGUGCGCAGGCUGCAAGCGUUUGUUCGACAAGGCGUUAAUGUGUGGCAAGUGCAAGCAGGCCUGGUAUUGCGGUCGUGAAUGUCAGGUGGCGCACUGGCGUGCCGGCCACAAGAAUGAAUGCGCGGCUCUUGCAAACGCGGCUGCAGUCGCGGCGGCAGGGAGGACUACUAAAGGCGGCGAUGGUGACGACGGCACAGCGUGA